UCCCUGGCCUUUCUGCUGUGCCACAUGUGUUCUGGUUCGGCGUCAUGGAGAUCAGAUUCCCGGUCUGCCUCACCCAGAUGUUCUGCAUCCAUGCCUUUUCCUUCAUGGAAUCGUCAGUGCUUCUGGCCAUGGCCUUUGAUCGCUACGUGGCCAUCUGUUACCCGCUGAGAUAUUCCUCCAUCCUUACCCCUAGCAGGGUUGCAAAGGCUGGACUGGCGAUUGUGUGCCGAUGCACUAUGACUCUGUUCCCCUUAAUCUGCCUUCUUACACGGAUGUCGUUCUGCAGGUCCCACGUGCUUUCUCACUCCUACUGUCUUCAUCAGGAUAUGAUACGGCUGGCAUGCACCAACAGCACACUGAACAGCUUGUAUGGUUUAACUCUAGUGCUGCUCAUAGUGAUCCUGGACCCUGUGCUGAUCACCGUGUCCUACAUUAUGAUCAUUAAGACCGUGCUGGGCAUUGCCUCCAGAGAGGCACAAGCCAAAGCCCUCAACACUUGCAUAUCUCAUUUCUCCGCUGUCCUGGUCUUCUAUGUCCCCAUGGUCGGCCUGUCCAUUAUACACCGGUAUGGGAAGGAUGCUGCACCCAUUAGCCAUGCUCUCAUGGCCAACAUCUACCUUUUCAUCCCACCUGUGUUGAACCCCAUCAUCUACAGUAUGCAAACCAAGCACAUUCGCCAAGGGGUGGUCAGGCUCCUGUGUCAAAGCCUGGCCUGACCUGGUCAUGGCCAGCAGCCUUGGGACCUCUGAGAU